GCCAUGCUACCAGUGUUGCUGAGCCUAGCUGCAAUGUGCAGGAGCGCCCUGCUCCGAGAGCCGACUAUUCAGUGUGGCUCUGAGAGAGGGCCAUCUCCAGAGUGGAUGGUCCAACACACUCUCACUCCAGGAGACUUGAGGGACCUCCAAGUGGAACUUGUGAAAACAGGUGUUGCAACAGAGGACUUUUCAAUUUUGAUGAACAUAAGCUGGAUACUCCGGGCAGAUGCCAGCAUACGCCUGUUGAAGGCCACCAAGAUCUGUGUGACUGGCAAAAGCAACAUGCGGUCAUACAGCUGCGUGAGGUGCAACUACACAGAGGCCUUCCAAAGUCAGACCAGACCUUCCGGCGGCAAAUGGACAUUCUUCUAUGUAGGCUUUCCUGUGGAGCUGAGCACACUCUAUCUCAUCGGGGCCCAUAAUAUCCCCAAUGCUAAUAUGAAUGAGGACAGCCCUUCUUUGUCUGUGAACUUCACCUCACCAGGCUGCCUGAAUCACGUAAUGAAAUAUAAGAAGCAGUGCAUUGAGGCUGGAAGCCUAUGGGACCCAAAUAUCACUGCUUGUAAGAAGAAUGAGAAGACCGUUGAAGUGAAUUUCACAACCAAUCCCCUUGGAAAUACAUACACGGUUCUCAUUCGACGGACCGUGUUGUUGGGGGUUUCUAGAGUGCUGGAGCCACACCAGAAUAGACUGACGCGGACAUCUGUAGCCGUUCCUGUGGAAGAGGGCAGUGAAGGUGCUGUGGUUGAGCUGACUCCAUACUUACACACCUGUGGCAAUGACUGCAUCCGACGUGAAGGAACAGUUACGUUAUGCUCAGAGACCAGUGCUCCCUUCCCUCCAGAGAACAACAGAAGUAUUCUGGGAGGCUGGCUGCCUCUCCUCCUGGUGCUGGUGGUGGCUACGUGGGUGCUGGCCAUUGGGAUCUACCUAACUCGGAGGCGAGGAAGGAGCAAGACCUCCUUUCCAGUUACCUCCAUGCUCCUGCCCCUCGUUAAGGUCCUGGUGGUCUACCCAUCUGAGAUAUGUUUCCACCACACAGUCUGUCGCUUCACUGACUUUCUUCAAAACUAUUGCAGAAGUGAGGUCAUCCUUGAAAAAUGGCAGAAAAAGAAAAUAGCCGAGAUGGGUCCUGUGCAGUGGCUUACCACGCAGAAGCAAGCAGCAGAUAAAGUGGUCUUCCUCCUUUCCGGUGAUGUGCACACCCUUUGUGACAGUGCCUGUGGCCACAGUGAGGGCAGUGCCAGGGAGGACUCUCAGGACCUGUUCCCUCUGGCCUUUAACCUUUUUUGUAGCGAUCUCAGCAGCCAGACUCAUCUGCACAAAUACCUGGUAGUCUGUCUUGGAGGAGCGGAUGUCAAAGGCGACUACAGUGCUCUGAGCGUCUGCCCCAAGUAUCGUCUCAUGAAGGAUGCUGCUGCUUUCCACACAGAACUCCUCAAAGCGACACAAAACAUGUCAAUGAGAAAACGGUCACAAGCCUGCCAAGGCAGCUGUCAGCCUUGGUAGUCUGCCCAGGAGAAGAGAGACCCUGAGCCUUCUUCCUCUACCAAUUCC